ACAAUUUAAAUUCAUAGUGGAUAUAGCAGUGGAAACAUGUAAGCAACACAAAAAAAGCUCAAAACAAUUUGAUUUUUUGGUGUGCAUUUUAUUCAUAGUUCGCAUGGCCAAAACAAUUCUAAUUCAUUAAUUAAUCGAAACGGUGUCUCUAUUGGACACUAGCAAAUAUAAUAAACGAACAAAAAUUAAAUGUGAUAAAAUUGCUCCAGAACGAGAAAAAAAAAACAACAAAAAAAUACUCGGCAGACCAGUCUUCGCAGACAAUAUCAACCGCACAUAAUUAUUAAACAAUUUUAUUUUAUGUAAAUCGAAAGAAAUUUAAUUGUUUUUAAUUGACCUAUCCACAUCGAAGAAGAAAUUCACAAUGCAUCAACCAAUAAUCCCGGAAUAGCGUGAUGGUAAAUGUGUAUAAUGGACGAUGAACUGUUGAUUUCACGUGCUCGUGAAGAGCGAAAAAAGAUAUUCGAGCGAUACGACAAAGGUCGAUCGGCAGACAAUGAUAUUGAUCCGUGGGAAGAUGCGGCACUGGAAAUCUACCAUAAAAUGGACAAAUAUGGUUUCAUUCACGAUGAACGCAUGCAGCGCAAAGAGGUGACGGAAAAUUUCUAUGUACAACAGGAACGGGAGAAGAAGUGGCUGCACAUGCUACGCAGAUGGAAUAAAAAGGAUACGGUGGAGAAGCUGAAGAAAAGAGUGUUCAAAGGGAUUCCGAAUAAAUUGCGAUCGGCGGCAUGGCUGAAAAUAUUGAAUGUGGAGAAAACUAUGGCCGAUAAUGUGGGAGUGUACAAGCGAAUGCUGGAUCUGGCACGUGAAUUUAGUACCGAGUCCUUUUCACAGGUGCGACAAAUCGAUUCGGAUGUGAAUCGUCAAUUCCGUGAACACGUCCACUAUCUGGAACGGUACAGCAUCAAGCAACAAGCACUGUUCAAUGUUCUUACCGCUUAUUCCAUGUACAACAUGGAAUUGGGUUACUGCCAAGGAAUGGCCGGCGUUGCCGGCAUAUUGCUGAUGUAUAUGGAUGACGAGCAAGCGUUCUGGGCAUUGAACACGUUCAUGAGCGACAGUAAAUACGCCAUGCACGGACUGUUUAUCGAAGGUUUUCCCAAAUUGACGCGCUUCCUGCACCAUCAUGACAAGAUCGUCACGAAAUUUAUGCCAAAAUUGCAAAAACAUUUCAUGAAGCACAAUUUGGACUCGAUAUUGUACUCGCUAAAAUGGUUUUUCGUCAUCUUUGUGGAACGGAUACCGUUCAGUUUGUGCCUGCGCAUUUGGGACAUUUAUAUGAUUGAAGGCGAGAGGGUGGUCGUUGCGAUGGCCUUCACCAUUUUGCGAUUGCAUCGAACAAAACUAUUGAAAAUGAAAGACAUGGAUCUGAUGACUGAUUUUUUACAAUCGCAAUUGCACAAAGACUUUGGUUACGACGACGAUUAUGUGAUACGAGCCGUGGAACAAUCGAUGGUUGAUUUGAAGCGGCACAAAAUGGACUUGCCACCGCCACCGCUACCUCGUGAACUGCCUAAGCAUCCGUUGGGUCAAUUUAUUGAGCCGAAUAUUGAAUCUAAGAUUGGUCGGCGGAAAUCAUUGUUCACUCAAAAUGAACUGAAAACUACGGAGACCGUCAUCAUGAGCCCGAAUGGAAUGUACGUUAAAUCAGGAACAAGGACGUCUCGUUCCUUUUUGCACAAAUGGAUAAAACCGCCGAAGUAUCCAAUUCAUAGACAAGAAGCAAUCGCUCCUGAUAUUGUGUCCAAUUUCUCGUACGAUACCGAUGAUAAUUUGGCCGGAAUAUUGUUCGAGGACAGUAGUUCGAUAGUCAGUACGUCUAUGGCCCGUACAUCGAUCGGUUCGACAACAAAUGAUUGGAGUGUUAUUUCCGGUGAAGAUAGCAAUUGCUUGGAUGAUGUGGAUUUGAAUGAAGACAUAUUGGUUAAGGCUGCGAACACGAUUCUGGUGUCGUCGUCGUCAUUGAAAAGUAUUAUCAAUGAUGAGAACGACCUGCAAUGGCAAUAAUGUAUGCGGAUCUUGGAGCAGUGGCGAUAUUUCGACAAGUCCGUCUACCUAAUAACGUUGAUAUCAGGGCCUAUUUUCGACGUAACAUUUCCCUACCCAAAAUUUACCUCAAAUUUCCAUUAACGUUUUCGCAAAUUGCCUUGAAUUUAAAAUGAAGAGUGAAUUUGCGGGAAUGAAUUUAGGACCUGAUCGAAUAUUGGAAUUACGUCCAAACAAAAAUUAAAAUAAUUUUCAAUUUGCUUGACAAUUCUCCAGUUUUAAAACAAUAUAGUGAAAACCGUGAUAUUUUUUGUAAUUCGUUCAAUAAAUU